UACUUUGCGACAGGACGUACAGGCACCGGCUCGUCGCGCGCUGCCUCAUCUCCGUUCUCAGUAAAAAACUGAACCGUGUGGAGAGAUAAAAAAACAAACAAAUGAAGCCCUGUAUGUUUAUGUGACAACAGACAGUUUACACUGUGAUACAAUGCUGCAGUCGUUCAAGAGUCAAACAGCAGCUAUAUCGGUGAGGAGGAAGUCGCCGUGGUGUUGCAUGUAAGAUUAGCUCUGCACGAACACUUGUUUGGAGAGCAGAAUAUGGAUGCAAAGUCCUUUUUAUGUUGGAAAUCUUUGUUCCAAUCAGAGGAGAGACCCUCUGUGAACUGAAGUAGACGGCAAACGAAAACCACCGGCAACAUCUCAUUCCCAGGCUCCUGUAAGAGCCACGCCAACCAAAUGACGCUAACUCCCUCACCAGCAACAACACCCACAGAGAACUCCACUUGUAUCACCUGGGACUCCUGUGCACUCUGCUGGGCUCCGGUAGCCCACCCAUGCCUGUGAUCCCCAUCCCACGGCGGGUGCGCAGCUUCCAUGGCCCCCACACCACCUGCAUGCACUCGGCCUGCGGGUCGACGCAUGCUUCCAAGCUAGUGCGCACAAAGUACAAUAACUUUGACUUGUACCUGCGCUCGCGCUGCAUGUACAGCUUCCUCCGUUUCCUCCUCUACUUUGGCUGCAGCCUGCUCACCUCUCUGCUUUGGGUGGCGCUCUCUGCUCUCUUCUUCCUGCAGUACGUCAGUGUGCGCGUGUUACUGCGGCUGCAGUACAAGCUGUCCGUCAUCCUGCUUCUGUUGGGGCACAGGAGGCUGGACUUUGGGGUGCUCAAUGACCUGAUUAUCUACAGCAUGCAGAUCACCAUGUUCCUGGUGGGGGGGCUUGGGUGGUGCUUUAUGGUGUUUGUGGACAUGUAGUUGCAAUGUGAGUGACGUGGAAAGUGUAGUAUAUGAUGUGGAUGCUUCACUCUGUAAUUCCAGCUUUGUGUGGUGUAAUGUGACAACAUACACCCGUAGCAUGUCCUGUAGGGACUGCUCUGUACAGCUCCAAGAAAAAACUCUGACAUCAACUCAAAUCUUAUUGGUUCAGUUUCAGAUAUGAAAGAAUUUAAGUAACACGUGUGUAUAGUCUUUUAAAUAUGUUGGUCCUGCAUAUCUCAGAGAGCAUAGCCCGGUUAUAGAUGGAAAAGUGACUUAACAUCUGACUAAUGUGCAUCAAGGCAGUGCGAUGUAAGACAGUCGUUUGUGCCAAAACAUGAGUGGUGAUCCACGGAUCACAUGAUGAAUUUAUUUAGAUCAUAUAAACAUACUUGUACCACACAGAUGAAGCUGACAUACAGUAAGUUAUGGUGGAUAAAGUGACCAAAAAAGGAAGUGUCAACAGUGUUUGUAAUGUGCGAUAUGCAAAAAGGGAAGGGGCAGAGUUGAAGAAAAAGUGACAAACACUAACUUCUUUUGUAAAAUUAUCAAAUAAAUUUGCCGUUUCUGAAGCCUUUUGUCCUUGAAAAAAA